AUGGAUUUUGACAAGGUCUAUGGCGCCGGCUACAACAGAACCACCUUUUAUGGGCUGCAAGUAGGCUUUUUACAAUAUUUUUUUUUGAUUUUUUUACAAGGCACUUGGAACUCUCGGAUUUUGUGGAAAUUUUUGGCAUAUUUCGGGCAUAACCCACACGUUAAUUCCAGAGAAUUUUAAUUUGCGCUUUACAGAUGUAGCCGAGAUAUUCAAUGAUCUUUGCACCCAAGAGAGUACGCCAAAAGCGGAGGGCGCUCAGAGAUUAAAAAAAAAACACUUUAUAGCCUAUAUAUGGCUCGGGACUUCUAAAUCUCUCCGCAAGAGUCCAUCCGAACCCUGCAAAUUUAGUCCAAAGUUAAAAGUUGACAAAAAAGGAGGAGGCGACAGAGAAAGGCAGAAAUUCUUACAAAGAGAGAAAUUGCGCAAUGUUAUGUCAGAUUGCGCAACUUUUAGCUUUGUACUAAAUUUGCAGGGUUCGGAUGGACUCUUGCAGAGAGAUUUAGAAGUCCCGAGCCAUAUAACUUUGCCAAUUUUGCAUAGAAGAAAUUGGAAAAAAGCCAAAAAAAUAUCAAAUUUUUCCGACUUUCGAUCUAAAAUCUACUUAUCGUAUCUGCAAAUAUACAGUGGGGGACCUGAUCCACAGGCAAAAACGUACCAUUUUGCAUCCGGGAAGUGCCAAAAUGCGCGGAAAAGCCUCAAAUUUCUGCCAACUUCCGAUCUAAAAAUCUCAGUCGUUUCUGCAAAGCGGUAGCUAGGAGUUUCGCAUUUGUCCUAGAAACAAUUGUUCUAAAUUCGUGCCAAAUUUCAUCAACAUUUCGCACCCUUACAUCGUUAUUUUCAAUUUUAAUACAUAAAAAAUCCAAAAUCUUCAAUUUUAGGCCAACAAAAAUGAAACGGACUUUGUUUGCUCCGAUAAAUUUCGGAUUUUGGUAAGUUACUGCACUAUUAAAAAUAACCAAAAUUUAGAUGUCAUCACUAGUCGUGUUCAACUGUUUACUGGUAUUUAUUAACGCCAUAUUCCUAAUUUUAUUUCUCUGUGUCUACAAGCGGCUGUUUUGCCGCGCCUACGACGAGGACUUCGACCUGGAGAGCUUGGCCAGCACGCACUCCAGGAAGGGGCGGCACAAUAACGGGUAUUCGCCGCAUGCCUUCAACAAUGUCUUCAAAGAGCCGGUAAGCCGGAGAUUUGUGGAGAUGAAGGGAAAAUUGAAGCUAUCAGUCUGUCGGGAAAGUAAUAAGCACUCAGCCGCUCGAAAAAAUGAGCUGUGUCUCGGCAAAAUCAAAUUGCUUUUCACUUCAAUCGGCGCAGCGACAUUGUGCUCAUUAUUUUCCCGACAGACUGAUAAAAUUAGUGAGUUGACAUGUCAGUCUGUCGGGAAAAUAAUUUGGCUUAUUCGCAGAAAAAAAUAAAUGUCUCGAAUUGUGACCAAAUGUUCGGCUCGAGAAGUGACAUUCCGAUAGUUGGUGGACUUUUUUCGCGGUGCACACUGUUCUUUGCAAUGUUUUACCGGCUCGCAUUUGUUUGGCGCCGGCACUCCUCGGGCUGGUUUUUUAGAGCCGGUUUUAGACUCAAUGGCGGAAAUUUCGGCUCUUGGCACUCUGUUUGGAAAAACUUCCUUUUUCUGGCCCGGCGCAUUGCAGCUUGCACCCUCGAUUCCCUGCAGACUGCGAAUAAAAAUAGGAAACAGCCUAAGCACAAAACUAAGCCUAAGGCUGAACUAAGCCUAACUUGCCUAAGCCUGAUAUUCCUUGCAAACGGAAUUGUUCGGGCGCAAGCUGCAAAACCUUCUUUUCGCUGGUGCCAGAAAAAAGGAAGUUUUAUCCUCUUUUUUGGCGGAGAUACUGCGUAAAAGUGCCCAAGGCUUUUGAAAAACGGCAUUUUCUACCAGAAAAUUUUGUAACCUAUUGAUGAAAUUUUACAUUUGUCAUCAAAAGAUACCAAUCUUCUCUUCAAAUUUUCAUGGAAAUUAAAGAUUUUUUGUUAUCAGUCUGUCGGGAAAAUAAUGAGCAUAUCGAAAAUCGCGUUGUCGCCGAAAAAAAUUAAUUGUGUCGCGGCAAAAUCAAAUUGCUUUUUAUCUCAGCAACGGGACUUGCGCUGCAACAUUGUGCUUAUUAUUUUCCCGACAGCCUGAUAAACGGAUGGAAACUUAGAGUGAAAUUUUUUACCCGCGAAUUUUAUCCCAAUUUCAGCCCUCGCCCGGUCCACCAACCCUCAAGCCGGCCAAGCGCCACAAAUCGGUCAGCGAAGAGGGCGGCGACCUCCUUCCCGACGCAAAAAACGCCUCAACAAACGGCACAAACAACACUCGUUUCAAGAAGUGUGUCUCCUUCGAGGACGCGGAGCCGAGUCCGCGACGCGAGAUGAACAUCCUGGAAGUUCAUGACGAGUUCGCGUUUGCUGACGAGGAGAUCUUGGACUAUACGAGUCAACAAAGUCACAAGUCAUAA